UUUCUUUCGACAGUUUCGGAAUAUGACUCAUCGGAAGUUACGACUUUCACACUUUGCUGACUUUUCCCAUAACCUACUCCCUACUGUUAUAAUAAGGCAAUAAGCCUAGACCUAGAGUCUGUAGAGUUAAGACCUCAGUGUCAGCUAAAGCAAUGUACAGAGAUGUAUUGUGUUUUAAUGUUUAUAGUCUAUAAAUAUUCAUAUUUAUUUCUCAGAAUGGUUUAUCUUUAACUUAGAAAUUCGCUUCAUGAUGAUGUCUUUGCCGCCUUAUUGGAUCAACUCUACAAAGUGAAGAACUCUGUGUAUCUACUUCUCAUGUGUUUCUCCUGAUUGUUGUGUGCACGCUGAUUAUAUUCCACUAGAAUGGCACAAGAACCUGUUAUUCUCAAUGUCUAUGAUAUGUAUUGGAUUAAUGAAUACACAUCUUCACUAGGUAUAGGUGUAUUUCAUUCCGGGGUACAGGUCUAUGGAACAGAAUAUGCUUAUGGUGGACAUCCUCUCCCACUAUCUGGUGUCUUUGAAAUUGAGCCAAGGGAUGCAGAUGAUCUCGGAGAACAAUUUAAGUUUAAAGAAGCAAUUUGUGUUGGUCACACAGACUUUACUCCUGAUGAUGUCAGAAAAAUAACAGAAGAGUUAGGCAAAGAGUUUCGAGGGGACCAGUACCACCUGUUAAACAAAAACUGCAAUCAUUUUACUUCAGCACUCGUACAGAUACUAUGUGGUAAAGAGCUCCCCAGCUGGGUAAAUCGCCUGGCCUACGUAAGUUCAUGUAUACCAUUUCUGGAGAGAGCCAUCCCCAAAGAAUGGCUGACUCCUAAUGCCCUGCACAAUGUCAUUGAGAGCAAUUCAGCUCAUGGCCAGCACCGGCCAGCGGCAGCAGAGGGAGGGAAGAGAUGAUGGAGGCUACGGUUUAAAAAGUAGCACAGGCUCUUUUUUUUUUCUUUUUGUUGUUGUUUUCUGAUGGGAUAGGCACAGGCAGUGAUGGUGGAUUGUUUUGUUUAAAACUUAUGUUGAUAUUGUUAUUUUUAUAUGUGGACUAAAGAUACACAUGUUUUGAUAUUAGUGUUCAUUGAAAGGAUCCUGUCAGUUCUCCUGUGUUGAUGUUAGUGAUAUGACAUAACCCAGAAACACUUAACACUCAGCAUUCUUAACUAUUUGUUUCACUGUAUUUAAUGUAGGAAUGAUGUCCAGCGGAGCAUGUUUUGAAGAGAGAUUGUUCUUCUCAUGUUUAUGAAUUGUUGUUUUUGUUUCUGACAAACUUACAUUGAAAAGCUGAGUGAUAAUAAAGUCUCUUAAUAAACAUUAAUGUAUUAACCGAAAAAUAAACUUACAUUCUUUACUUACAUAAUAUUUUCCUUUUAUAUAGCUGUUGGAUUUAUAGCGAUAACUUCUUGAGGCUGGUAAGGUAACUUGUUUCUGUGGCCAACAUGUCUGAACUAACCCUUUCAACGCCAGGGCCAUGGUUUCAGAUUAAAAUGAAAUAUUUUGUUCAUAAUUUGAAUAUUGUUAGAUAAAAAAAAAUAUAUAACCUAUACAUAUACAAACUUCCAUGGGAUAAAAAAAAAAAGAAAGGGCUACUUAUUAGCUAAGGUUUUGUUAUAUCAAGGUCUGUUUCUUAAAACAUAUAAGUGCCAUCAUGUACAGCACCAUAAACAAAACAUCCUGCAAUGUGUACAUAGCCAGUCUCUGAAUUAUUUCAUUUCAUAGUUUUUCAAGUAUCUUUGUCCAGCUUCAAAUACUUUAUUGAUUUAUACAUUAAAUAUCUGAAAAUUCUGUUUUUCCCAAUCCUGACAGAUUUAGUAUGAAAUUGUGUUUUUCUUGGUUUACAUUUCAAAUACUGCAAGUCAGUUUUCUCUUAUCUUAAAUGAUCUACUUUGGCAUGUUGUUCUUCUUCAAACUAUAACUUUUUAAGCAAUGUUAAUAUUUUGUUUAUGCUUUGUAAAUAGGCCAAAAAUGUACAGUUGAACUACUGAAAUGUUUUCUAUUUACUUCUCUUGUGUUUUUCUUGUUUCUGAAGUGCAAUGAAUACAUAUGUUUACAGGCUCAUCUAGAUUGAAAUAAUAUACUUUUCUUGUCAUGUUACAAUUGUUGACCCAAUAAAUCUCAGAUCCACUCUACUGCUUUGAUCUCCAGAUACUCAUAAUUAUCAUUCAACUUCCUUAGUUUUCAAGGGGAGGUUGAAGUUAUUCUUAUAGUGUACCAAAGCAGAAAAGGAUGAAAUCUUGUCUGCACACACUCAAUACUGAACACAUUUAUAUUUAUAGCUUGCUAGACUUUACAUUUCUGGUUAGUUUCACAACUUUUGUCUAAAGCCUCAAUCAUAUAUUGUUAAGUUCACAACUUUUGUCUAAAGCCUCAUUCCUGUAUGAUUAGUUUCACAACUUUGUCCAAAGUUUCAUAUAAAUGAAUGGUUCUACUUCAUUUAAAAGCACAAUCCUAAGAAAACAUUUUCGUUUCAAGUGGCUUAUAAAACUAUGUGUUUCUGUAUGACUUAUUAUAUGUAGUUGAAUAUUUAUGGACAGUAGUUAUCCAGGUUUCAGCUAUACUCUAGAAUUUGUUUCUUCUUCUUUACUUCAGUUUGAAUCCCAUUGGUUUGAACUGAAAGGAAAGAAACAAUUCCUUAGCACUUUGUCAGCUUAGUGAAAUCCUUUAGUUGGUUUGAAUUUUUAAUUGCUGUGCACGGUAAUUAGACUAGAAAAGUCCAUUUUUAAAACCUGAACAAAGAAAAGUGUUUUAUCAAUAGCUUCCCUGUUGAUGUGUAAUUCAGUUGUUUGUUUGUUUUUUCCUUCCUUCUUAUAGGAUAAUAAUACACACUCUAUUGAAUAGCCCCAUCUGUUGUUUUAUGUUGAACCUAUUUAGCUUCUUUUGUCAUUGUAAAUGUGUUAAUAUUUUUUAUGGCAAAUAUAUUGUGUACAUUUUUUUGUGUGGAACAUUUGUGCUAAUAACUUUAAAGCCUGGACAAUGACUUAUGUUUUACAGUCUGGAACACACAUUACUUGAUGCAUUUAUUUUGAAACCAAGAGAAUGUACAGAAGGAAUUUUUUAUUUGAUUUUGCAAUGAAUGAAUUAGUUGAUGUGAUUUAACAAAUAUAUAUUAGCAAUGAAUGAAUGUUUUGUUGUGGUUUAUAAAUGAAUGUUUAGAAUACUUACACUUCAGUUUUUUUUUCUGAUUUAUCGUAUAUAAUAAACUGAAAUAUUUACAUUGGUUUUAUUUAUUCUAAAACAAAUAAAAGAUUUAAUCAUU